GGAUUUAUGCGGGAAGAAAACUAGAUUCAGUCCUUGUGAGUUCUCAGAUAUCGUAGAAAGUUACAACUGAGAGCACCAGAAGCAAAUUGUUACUGACAACAUUGUGCAUGCAAAUCGAAAUCGCUCAACAUGAGCCAAGUUGUGGACCCAGUGUUGACAUCAACAAACCUUUAUUCAGCAUUCUUACCCAAAUUUGAGGAGAACAUGGAUAUUCAAAGCGUUUGGCAAGAUGUUGAGAACUUCUUACAGCAGGAGUAUGAACAUGGGUAUGACAAGACUGUCCCAGUCAGCCAGCCUCAGGUUGUCCCAGAGACGCCGAACUCGUACGAGACGUCCUCUAAUAACAUCUACCAAUGCGAGGCAAGCAAGUUCUUGGACGCAGACUACGAUGAACUUCUCGACCUGGACUUCAUUCUAAACAACACGCCUGGAGAAACUAUGGUCGAGAAUACGUCCUACUCUUUCAUGGAGGAGUCUAUGAACAAGUUGAAGCACAACACUGUCUCGUCAGCUGCACCAAGUAUGACGUCACAAGCACUACCUACGUUUCAGUCAGCGUUCAUUGAAAUGCCCGAAAUGAAAUUUGAGGAUAAACUGAUGGAGAAUCCCGUACAGAUCAAACAGGAGUAUCCGAACACUUGUGCCGAUCACGGCUACACAUCAUUAGGACUUGUCUCACAGCCGCAUCUCUCAAUACCCGGCAAUCUGUCUCCACCCGCGUCGCCGGAAAACAUGCAGGACGAACAGUGUAUCUCAUUGGAUCUGCGAACAACAAAAUCGCCGCAGACUAUUCUAAACACACAAGACUUUAUGUUAAGCUAUGCGAACUCAACUCAUAAAGUGACAAUUAAUCAGAUCCAGCAGUUAAUAACGCCGCCAUCUUCGCCCCAGCUUGCCGAUUUAUUGAACUUGACGCAGCAGCAGCAGCAGCAGACUGUAGAUGGUCAGCCCAAGAAACGCGGCAGACGUAGUUGGGGUCGAAAGAAGCAGACGACGCACACGUGUACUUAUGUUAACUGCAACAAAACAUACACAAAAAGUUCUCACCUAAAGGCACAUUUACGAACCCACACGGGAGAGAAGCCGUAUCACUGUAACUGGAAGGGAUGCGGAUGGAAGUUUGCCCGGUCAGAUGAGCUCACGCGACAUUACAGGAAACACACAGGCGACCGACCCUUUCAGUGCCAACUCUGCGAGCGAGCAUUCUCAAGGAGUGAUCACUUGUCCCUCCACAUGAAACGUCACAUGUAGAUAUAUAAACUGACUGUUUGUUAAAGACUUGAGACGUCAAAGUUAAGUUGGGCAGAAAUGAAAGACGCCACUCACUCAUAAUGAACUAUGACAAGGCAAUUGCCUUAGCACUUUCAGGGAUUAUUUUCUUCUGCAUUUUCAAUUCAUUUUGACCCAACUUUGUCUCGACGUUCUCUGUGCUGUAAAUAUGUUACCGGUUGUGUCACGAAGUGUCCUGCGGUUAAAGCACCCACUGCCAAAAGAAGACGUUUGUGCCAAGCACAGUGAUAUAGAUAAACGUUAAGGAUUAUAGCAGAUUGUAAUUUUUCUAGUCAUAUCCAAGGACUUUAAAGAAAAGAACAAUACAUCACAUGUGCAUGUAUCUUGAACUAAUAUAUUCAACUUUCAGAUGUUCACAUAGUGACAGUGAUCUAGGAAUCACCGUGUCUGGUCACGAAGCUGUCUGGUCAAGUCGUUAAGCCCCUGGGGGUUUAAUUGGUGUUCGAUUGUGAAUUUGGUUAUGCGACACCAACAUGGCGACCACGGCCACUGUCACUGAGUGGAAGUCAUACGUAUUGCUCACCCAUCCGUAAUGAUGACCCUCAUUACAUAACACUGACGUCAAUUAGUGUUAAUAUGGCCAAAUUAGUAAGUCACUAUCGGGCAUUCCUUUGCUCCUCGAACAAUUUACAAUUAAAUAAUAAGUUAUCCUUUCUAAGCUCGUUUUGUUCCCACCUGGGACCUUAGAAAAUUCCUCCAACCUCGUUAAUACUUCAAAAACUCGAUUUCUAUACAUGUUGACUCGUUACACCGAAUUUGACAUUGUUACCAGAUCGGCUCAUUAAUGAUACUAUUGUAGUAUUGAGCUCUCGGUUAACUAUAUUUGGUAGUCCACUUUUAACACGGCUUAUCCCGUGUUAAAAACGUCCUAGAUUCCACUCAUAAAGUGAUUUAAUUGAGUGCAAUUUUAUGUCAUGUUAGAAUACUCAGUUGUCCUCUAAUGUGCCUAAAAUAAAUUCCAUCCUAAAAAGACCAAGUAUAUCUUUAUGCAGAAAUAUCAUUAACUUGUCCAUAUCUUGAUAUGAAAGAGUACUUUAAUCGAUGGUCAAGAUUCUAAAUGAAUACGUCCAUAUAAUCCAUCCAGAAACAAGUUGCCAUACUAGUGAAACGUCCAGAAGAAAACUAUGACCUAUCAGUGAAAAUUUUCAUGACAUAGUCCAUUUAAUGUCACAUUCCGACCAAAAAUGCGAAGUACAUGUACUUAAAUAACCCUGUGAUCUGUCUUCACUUGCCAUGUACAGAAUGUAUCAAAAAAUCGUCCUGCAACAUAUCUGUUGAAGUCUAUUUUUCCUAGAACACGCUUUCGCAGCGAGUGCCCUGUUGAUGGCUUAACCCUAUAUUCAUGGUUUAUGAAGUUUAUUCACUUGUUGUCUUCAUGUUGUGUGAACGAUAUCGUUGUUGAUAUAAGAUCUGUUUGGUUUCGAUUUGGAAUGGGUUCCAAUUUAGCUGCUGACUGUGCUUCUGUCUCAUCAUCAUACGGAACUAAACCGUGGGGUGGCGCUGAUCAUCAACUUCGGGUAUGUCGAUGAGAAGCAACAUUUGUGAAUUAAGGUAUCAGCGAGACAAUAUCUUGAGACAUUUUUCAAACUUGUUAUUAUGUUCCAUAUGAAAAUGGGAAAUAGGACUUGGGUCUCAAAAGGGUCAACAGGGUUAGGCACAACAAGUUCAAAAUAUUUUGCUAACGACGGCUAUUUUCAAUCAAGUACAUCGGGUACUGGAUUUUGCUGAAAAUCAAACCUUGCAGUCCCCAAAUAACUUCUCGGAAGUGGGGCGGCGGGGGGGGGUUAUCAUUAAAACUUGUCUGAACUUGUCAUGGGCCUCAAUCUAUCGAUUCGUAAAAGGUUGUAUAGUAUUUUCACUUGAUGUUACAAACGAGAGAUACAGAUCCACCGGGAUCUUAUUAAAAACGCAUUUUGUAGAUUCUCACGAAUUUGAUACUUGAUAAGUGUAAAAUGUACAUACUAAUUUUCAUCUGAUUUUAAUUGUAAAUGUGCUAACUAAACAAACGCAAUAUAACUUAGAUCUUAUAGCGAUUCGAUGUCGUACAAUAUCAUAUCAAAAGAUUUUCGUUUGUACGAAUUUAAUAGUUCCCGCCAAAGUACAAAUCUAUCCCGCCACUAUGCCACCUGUUGGCAAUAUGUAGAGGUUGAAAGGCGAAAUAGCUUCGUAUUUUGGUUUAUAAAAAACUCGGUUCUUUGUAUCUAAGAUAGCACAAGUGCAAAUACUGUAUGUAUGUAUAGACGAUUGCAAAGGUGCUCUUUGUGACCGCCUCUCGGUUUUCUUUCUAUUUUUGUACAGGCAAUCCUGAAUCUUGUCACCCGCCUGUAAAAGUCGGGCCGUAAUCGAGAAUAAAAUACAGUAUUAAGUUUAUAUCA